AUGCCUACCACCACCACCGCCGAGGACCUCGCGUCCGCCUCGUCAACCCGCCUCCGCGAGAGCCUCCUUUCCGACCUCCCAUCCUCCGCACCCUCCUUGCGUCCCUUAGGCUCCUCCAUCAUUCCUACCACCACCUCCAAACGCCCUCGCGCACCUCCCCCACCAUGCCUCCACCCCGCCCGCGCCGCUCUCCCGGAACAACAGCGUGGGACAGUCCUCUACCUCGCCUACGGCUCGAAUCUCUGCCAUGAGACGUUUCAGGGGCGACGGGGUAUACGGCCGCUCAGCGCUAUCAAUGUGCAGGUCCCGGGGUUGCGACUGACGUUCGAUCUGCCCGGGCUGCCGUACGCGGAGCCGUGUUUUGCUAAUAGUGGACGGCGGGAUCCUGCACAACCAUCAGCGGAGGACGUGGGCAAUAGCGAGACGGAUCCCAGCGAGAAGACGCCGCUGGUACGAGGCGGCGAGGUCAGCAGUACCAAGGAUACAGGCCUAGACCGCGGGACGUCCAAAACGGCUGAGGCUGCCGCCGCAGACGCAGUGAGGCGAAAACCUCCCUACAACAAAGACGCCUGGACGAAAGGCCUCAUUGGCAUAGUCUACGAAGUGACCCCGGAGGACUAUACCCACAUCAUCGCGACCGAAGGCGGAGGCUCUUCUUACACGGACAUCCUGAUACCGUGCCACCCUUUGCCUACUCUCACGUCCGGAGCCCCUGACCUAGACGCCCCUGUCCCUGACAUCCCAACCUCACCGUCCUUCGUCGCGCACACCCUCUUCGCGCCCCGCCUGCCCGACGGCGCGCCCGAAGAAGGCGGCGGCGUACGGCGCCCCGAUCCCUCAUACGCACAGCCCUCAGCGCGAUACCUAAAACUCAUAACCGACGGCGCGCGCGAGCACGACCUCCCCCUCGAGUACCAGACCUGGCUCUCAACACUGCAGCCCUACACGAUAACCUCGAACAAGCAGCGCCUCGGCGCGUACGUGUUUCUGACGCUGUGGAUGCCGUUCGUGAUGUUUGUCUUUGGGCUGCAGAAGGUGUGGCAGGACGAGCAGGGAAGGAGUCCGGGGUGGUUGAGGGCGCUGACGGGGGCGGUUUUUAGGGGGGUUUGGGCGAGUUAUGAUGGGUUUUUUAGGAGCUUGUUUGGGGAUGGGGAGAGGACUGUUGAGGGGGAUGGGGAUGGGGAUGACGGGGAUGAUGGGGAUGGGAGGCAGGGGUGUAAGCGUUGUGCCGAGCGUAGGAGAGGUUCGAAGCGGUGGCGGAAGGGGGAGAGUGCAGUUGAGAAGUGCUGA